AUGAUUAGGAGAAGUAAACUGGAGACACAUCUGACAGACAACUGUACUAAACGAAUAGUUAACUGUCAGUAUUGCAAGCGAAGAGGCACACACCAACUGAUAACAAGCAGCAGUCAUCUUAAUGAGUGUCCUGACCUCCCAAUCCAAUGCAGUAAUGAAGGUUGCAAUGAGAAGAUAUUGAGAUGUUCACUAGCAUCACACAAUGAGAUCUGCCCUAAAGCUAUCGUACCAUGUGAAUACAAUACUGUUGGAUGUAAUAAGAAAAUGAAGAGAGAAAAACGAGAGAAGCACAAUGAAGAAGAGAUAACAAUGCAUCUACAAUUGGCAACAGAAACAAUAAAAUCUCUGCAAACAAGUUUAGAGCAGAAAAACUCAUUAAUAGCAUCAAAUGAAGUAUUUAGGCUAAACCAAUUUGCUAAGAGAAAAAACGAAAAUGAGGAUUGGUACAGCCCAGGCUUUUACACAUCACCAGGUGGAUAUAAGAUGUCACUGCAUGUCUAUCCUAAUGGUAAUGGUAUUGGUAAAGGUACACACGUCUCUUCCUUCAUAUAUUUCAUGGCAGGAGAAUAUGAUGAUACAUUGGAGUGGCCAUUUCAAGGAGUAGUAACUGUAGAACUACUGAAUCAACUGGAGGAUAAGAAUCAUAAGAAAUCUACCUUAUCAUACAAUGAAUUAGCACCAGCUGAACCUAAGCAAAGAGUGAAGGAAGGUACAAAAACACAUGGAUGGGGUUAUCCAGAGUUCAUAUCACAUGGAGAGUUAGAGUAUAAUCCAGCUACUAAUUGUCAGUAUCUUAAAGAUAAUAGUUUGUACUUCAGAGUCAGUGUAAAGGCUACAUCAAAGACAAAGCCAUGGCUAAUGGGAGCAUCAAGGAUUGUAUAA